GAAGAUUGUUGUUUGAAAUCCUAUUUCAAAAAUCAAUCUCCAGCACUUUCCUUUGAUGGCUCAUCUUGCUUUUCGCCGAUGAUCACGCGGACAUGAUUAUUUAUUGGCCCACCAACAAUCUGCAGCUUAGAUCAAGCUAACAUGGAAGUUCAACAAGAGAAGAUUUAUGUGGCUAUUGGGAAGGAUGUGCAAGAAGGGCUGAAUACAUUGGAAUGGACUCUCAAAAACUGGGCUUCUCAAUCUCUAUCUAUAGUCAUUCUCCAUGUUAGCAGCAGUUCUAAGGAUUUUGUUCACACCCCAUUUGGGAAGCUUCCUGCAAGUUCUGUUAGUGAUGAGAAAUUGGAGGUUUUUAGGAAUCAUGAAAUGUCCCCAUACAAGACUUUUUGUGGGAAGGUGAAAAUGGAAGUUCUUAGAAUCGAGAAAUCGGAGGAACCCAUGCAUAAUGUCAUCGUUGGAUUCAUAUCGAGACUUCAUGUGACGAAAUUGGUCAUGAGCAUUACAUGCAUGAAAUCCUCAUCAAGGAAAGGGAAAAGUGGAAUUAGUGGGACAUUUUAUGUACAUAAGCAUAAACCCAAUUACUGUGAAUUAUUCAUAACUUGCGGAGGGAAGUUGGUUCGUCUUAGAGAAGAAAACGAAGAAGGGUACUUGGAAGACGAAGAGGGAGUAGUGAUCGCCGACAUGAGAAAGAAAAUGAAGGAGAAGAGUAGCUCUAGAGGUUGGCUAGAGAAGAUGUUACCAGAUAAUGUAGCUAGUUAUGUGGUUAGAAAAUCACCUGGCCAAACAUCAUCCACUCAGACGGGCGAUAUAGAUGAAAAGUCGGAGGAUUUUUCUGAAGAAAUAGAAAUUUAUCUCCGAUCGCUGACGUUGAAUUCGAAUGCUGGAGAAGAAGAUGGCACCCCACCACUCAGUCCAGAAGAGAAGGUUGAAUCAGAAAACAUAAACCCAAACAUGAGAACUCCCAAAAGGACUGGCGAUCUAAGAGCCAAGCUAGAGAAAGCUAAGAAGAUGGUUGAAGAAAAAAGAAAUGAAAUUAAGUUGGACAUUGAGAGAAGAAUAAGAGCUGAACGGGUCAUUUCUUUGUGCGAUCGACGGGCUGAAAAGCUGGAGGCCCAUAUAAAUGAAGAGUUGGCCCACCAAAGCAUUCUAAAGAAGGAAUUAGACAUACUAAGAGAACAGCUAGAAGAAGCUUCUAAUGACAUCUUAGAGACCGAAAACCGGCGAAAAUCAGCAUUAGAACUUCAACGCGAUCUUACGAACAUACUCCAUGCGCAUUCAUCAGAGAAGAUGAGCAUUGAAGUUCGAUUGGAGAAGGCGUUGAUCGCAAGAGCUGAGAUGAUCCGAGAGCUUGAUGAGAUUCGCCGCCAAAGAGACGUCCUCCGCCGGCGAAUCCAUUUCUGUAGACAGCGGGCCCCGACGAGUGUAUCGAAAGUUGAUGAGAUUCGCCGCCAAAGAGACGUCCUCCGCCGGCGAAUCCAUUUCUGUAGACAGCGGGCCCCGACGAGUGUAUCGAACAGUUUGAAUUACAGCUACACUGAAUUUACAUUGGAUGAACUACGAGCGGCGACUGAUAAUUUCUCUGACAGUGUGCGAGUGGCAGACGGAGUCUAUAAAGGGAAGCUCAACCAUGUGAUGGUGGCAAUUAGAUUGGAGAAUUCAUUAAGCUUGCAAUCACAGGAGGAAUUCCAAGAUAAGAUGAGGCUCCUCUGCCAGAUCCGUCACCCCAACCUCAUCACCCUCGUUGGCGCAUGCACAACCGUCCAUCCCAUGUCCACCGUCUUCGAAUACAUGCACAACCGCAGCCUCCGUGAUCUCCUCUUCUGCCCCACCAGAUGCAAGGCUCCACUCCUACCGUGGCCCACCCGCAUCAGGAUCGCAUCCGAGAUCUGCUCCGCUCUCGCGUUCCUCCACGGGACCCGCCCGACGUCGACCCCACACACCAACCUGAAGCUCUCCAACGUGCUCCUCGACCGGGCCCUCGUCGCGAAGAUCGCGGACCUCCGCGUCGAUCCCCACCGUCGAUCGGGCGAAGAUCUCGACCGGAUGAUCGGAUCGGACGUCCGAGAUCUGGGGAUCUUGAUGCUGCAGAUGCUGACGGGGAAGGAAGAGGUAGCGGUGGAUGAGGUGUUGAGAGCGAACGACGGUGGUGGGGAUUUGACGGUGGAUGAAAGGGCAGGGGAGUGGCCGUUGGAGGUGGCGUUGGGGUUUGGGAGGUUAGGUGUGCGAUGUGCGCACGUUAGCGGCGGGGAGUGGGGUAUGGAGAUGGUGGUGAGGGAGAUUGAGGAGGUGAGACGGAAGGCUGAGAUAUGGUCGAGAGCGGAUAGAGAUGCUGACGUGGCGGAGGUGGAGAACUGCUAUGAUGCGCCGGGGGUGUUUCUCUGUCCAAUUCUACAGGAAGUAAUGAAACACCCCUACCUGGCAGCGGAUGGAUUCUCGUACGAACUAGAGGCCAUCGAGGAAUGGCUGGGAAGUGGCCACGACACCUCUCCCAUGACCAACUUGAAGCUACAGAACAAGCUCCUCACCCCCAAUCACACCCUCCGAUCUCUCAUCCAGGACUGGCACAACAACAGAUCACGACCGUAGAUAAUAUAGCUUGAAUCUGAUAAUAAUAAAUCUGGAAAACUUUUAAAUGGCACAUAGGGUAGCCUGCAGUUGAUCCGAACCGUUCAUUCAUUCCUAUUACUAGGAGCAAGGUAUGGUGCAAAAAAUCAUGCCAAUCACGUGAUCCUAAGCUUCUGAUCAACAGCAUGAAAAUGGACAGUCGAGAUUGACUGGAGAAACAAAUUAGGCCCAAUCAUCAUCUCGAAAUAUCUGGUAAAUAGAUCCAACUUUAUAUUUCAUGUGAUUCUUAAGUAAUUCUUUGAUUUGAUGAUGCCAACCGUGUGAUUUAUGGCUCAUAAAUAAUGGUCGGUUGUAAUAAAUUGGUCCCAUUCAGAGGGUUUAGAUCAUCUGAUCGGUGUAAUUCUUACACUAAGGCUUAUCCUAGUUUCAUGAACGAAUGAAUGGUUCAGAUCAACUAUAAUCACAGUCCCAAAUCAGAUUGGUCGAACGAUCGUGACCACUGAUUCAUAGAGGGUUAAAGUAGGACCGUUGGAUAUUUUCAUUUUUAACGAUCCAAUAAAUGACCACCAGUCGGUUGAUCAGCUAA